AUGUUAGCUCUGAUGGACAAACCCCAAAUCAUCGGACAUCUUUACAAGGCUCUAAAUUACACGCUUUUUGACUGUAAAUGGCUCCCAGUUAGCACUAAAUUUGUCGUGGUUGGUUCCAAUCCACGUGACACUGGACAAAUCCAAAUCUACGACGUCACGACUGCCGAUCUUAAGCUCAUAACUGAGGCGGAGAAAUCGAAGUCUUAUAAAUGCUGCACUUUUGGUGCAGCUCGUCUUCCCAACGCCCAUCUCGCCACAGGGGCAUUCGAUGGUCGGAUGGCAAUCUGGGAUUUGGAUGAUGGUGGCCGGCUGGACGCUCCACUCUACGCUGUCAAAGCUCACGAGGAGAUAAUCAACGCCAUUGACGGUGUUGGUGGUUUAGGGAUUGGUGAAGGAGCCCCUGAGAUUGCUACGGGCUCUCGUGACGGUUUUGUGAAAGUCUGGGAUCCUCGACAACCCAAAACUCCUGUAGUCACCAUAGGACCCAGUGAUGAAAUGGGUGGUGACGGCACGAAGGCGGUGACUCCACGCGACUGCUGGACUCUGGCCUUCGGUCAUGCCUACAACAUUCAUGAUCGUUGCCUUGUAGCUGGCUACGACAAUGGGGACAUUAAGCUCUUCGAUCUCCGAGCUAUGCGUGUGCGGUGGGAGACAAAUGUGCGCAAUGGGGUGUGCUCGAUUGAGUUUGAUAGAAAGGACAUAAACAUGAAUAAGCUCGUAGCGACCACACUAGAGUCGAGGAUUCACGUCUUUGAUAUGCGCACGCAGCACCCCCAGCACGGUUUCGCUAUGCUGACAGAGAAAGCGCACGACUCGACUGUGUGGCAGGUGCGCCAUCUGCCACAACAGCGCGACAUCUUUAUGACCACGGGAGGGAAUGGUUCGUUGUGCUUGUGGAAGUAUCACUACCCAGUUAAGCGUCAGAGAAUGGUGAAAAUACCAGCUGGAGAUGGAGAGAAGGAAGAGGAGGUGGCCGAAGGAGUAAUGGGAAAGAUUGAAUUGCUGCAGAAUAUAACUCUGGCCUCCCAGCCUAUAGCCAGUUUGGAUUGGUGCAAGGAGAAGAUGGGGUUGGCAGUGUGCGUCGGUUUUGAUCAGGCACUUCGGCUACUUAUUGUAACAAAAUUAAAUCGGAUAUGA